AUGAUAGCUGAGCCGCAUGUCCCUACGAACGAAGAGCUCGACAGCGCUGACGUGCUUAUAUAUGAGUCCUCUGACGAGGAAUCCCAGGUUCGGCCUGUCCGACAAGUGUAUUGCUGUCCCGCGUUCCUCAAAGGGAUGGCAGGACCCAACAGCGGUGCUGUACUCGCCGACCAGCUCAUUGCACAGACGCUGGCAGACUACAUCUCUGUCAUGGAGUCUCGCCCGGAGCUCCUGCUGGACGAUGCCGACCAUCGUGUCGCGAGACUCUUCCGAGCACUGAAAGUGUGUACCAAGGAUAUGAACCGAUAUUACGCACAGGCACAGGAGAUAGCCCCAGCAGCGCUCCCGCCCGCUGGUGGUGUCAUAGGCAGUUAUGGGCCUGCCUAUACGACGACGAGGACGACGGAGACGCCAAUAAUGACGACGAUAACAAAAACAGAAACGAGAACGAUCAUAACGACGACCACGACAACGACCACGACAGCGACAACAACAACGACAUAUAUGUUGGUCGAGUUCGUGUAUCCGGCGUACAACCGCGCAGCCCUCGAACUCCUCACGGCUCUAGAGCCCGCGCACAUCGCCUCCCUCUGGACGGCGGUGAGGACGUUGCACGAGCGCGGAUUCGAGCUCGGUGACCUGCGCCACCCAAAAGAACCUACCAUAGGACGGUGACAUCUACCGAUUGACUUCGACCGGUGGGGGAAGGCUAGCGAGGCGCGGUAUCCGUUGGGCAUCCGAGUGAC